AUGCGUUUGCAUGGCAUCUUCAAUGGCUUUGCCUUGGCCCGAGGGAACCUGCGGGGGCGCUGCACCUUUCAGCAGCUCCUCUCGGUGCAGGUGGGAAAGUUGGUUCCCGAGGACAAGGAAAGGGCUGGGAUCCUCAUCUCAGUGACCUCGCGGAAGCUGCAAAGCUUCGGCCACAAGUGCACGGACGACGAAUGUGGGCCCAAAGCCUCAGAGAAGGCCUGGCCACAGGGUGAAGGUCCUGACAAGGCGGAUCAGGCGCCCAGCUUCUUCCAGAUGGAUCAGGCCAUGCAGCCCAUCAAGGGCGUUGACGAGGAAGUCGCGCAAGGUGCAGAGGUUGACACCCAGCACACCAUGCCGGAAGUCUCGCGAGAAGAAGCCGCAGCCGAAGUUGCCGAGGUGGCCGAGGCUGCCAGCCCGGGGAGCGGCAUCGUCCGCAACGCUUCUCUUCUUCAGCUGCAGCCGGGAAAGAUCUCUGCCUCGGUGGCCCCGGCAGCAGAUGACAAGGAGGUCUUGGAGGCCAUGCGGCAGGCGGUCGCAACGCUGGAGGCAAAGGAGAGCCAAGCCCCGGCAAACGGCUCGGCCCCGACGAACCCGGCAGUGGACACGGUGGUCGCUGCGAUGAGCGCGGAGGAUGGCCACUCUGUGGUAGAUGUUGCCACGCCAGCCGCGAAGGAAGAUCCGGUGCUCAAAGCCUUGGAGGACGGCGUGGGCGCGCAGGACCCGACCUUCAACGAGAAUCGCUCACAAAGCAACGGCCAUCUCGCCGCAGAAGACCCCGUCCUUGCCGCCCUCCGGGACAACGUCGGGGCUAAGGAUCCGGCCUUGAAUGGGAGUGCGCCGGUGCAAGCAGCCCCCGCGGAGAAGGAACCGGCCCAGUUGCCUGCGGAUGCGAAGAGGCCCUCCGGGCAAAGUGAGCUGACGAUGGUGGCACCAGGCCUCGAGCACCGUGGCUUCUGGUCGACCCGAUCUGGCGCGCUGGCGGCAGCUGUGGGAUUCGUGGCCGCCACGUGGCUCGCAGUCAUCUGCCUGGCAACCGGGUUCUGGAUGGCCGUCACGACUGGCUGGCGCUGUGCGAGCAAGGGUAACGUUCGCUCGGCUGUGGAGGCACUCCGCAGGUGCACGGCCGCAGACGUGGAGAAGCUGACGCGCUCCGAAGGAGGAUACGACUGCAACUUCUCCAAGCCCAUCAGCUCGAAGCGGGUGCUUCGCCUGGAAGUGCAGGUGGAAGGUGCAGAGCAGGGCGAAGCCCUGACCGCUCCUCUGACAGGGCACAGCUGCGUCCUUCACUCGGCCGCGGUGUCGAAGCAGCUCCACGACGGCAUGCCUGCGGUUCCCAUAGCGUUCUCGGCGUCCAGCGUCGACUUUGUCGUGAGUCUCCUCGACAAUCCGGAGUCGCGCAUCGUCGUGCGGGGCCGCGACGUGUCCCUCUUCGACACUGUGCAGGGACGCUUUGAGGAAGCGACGACCUUCGGGGCUGCGCAGGACAAUUGGCAGGACUUCGUGCUCACCCACCGCUCUGCCGCCCCACAAGGUCGAGAGUGGGCUGCCAGUUCGUCACUCCGUGCUGAUGAUGCGAUCCUGGAAUUCCAGGAGUGUUCCCUGCGAGUAGGGUCCGUGGUGACCGUGGUCGGGGAGUUGCAUCGUGGCGCGGACGGGCAGCUGACCCUGAGGCCAUGGCAGGGCGAGGAGGUGAAGGAGGCCUUCCGGCGAGCCAAGAAGUCCCUACGGGAGCCUUGGCGUACUUCCUGGGAGGGCGGUGAGGAGAAGCAGAACAUCAGGUUGGCCCCGUCACCGAACAUUCUGCGGCAGAAGGUCUUCAUCAGUGACGACGAGGGCCUGUUGCAGAAAGAUGCUCCGGAUGUUGAUGGGAAGCUGCGCGAGUGCGCCACCGGCUUUGGCACCUGGAUGGGAUGA